AUGGAAUCAUACGCUGUGCUCCUCCUACCGUUCUUCUUGGCCGUAACAAUUGACAUUACGACGCAAUGCCCCUCCAAUGGCAACGGUGCGAAGGCUGCACACAAAUCUGGCGAGGUGGCCGACCAGGCUGCCCCGAUAACGCUGGCGACCAUUAGAAAGAAGCUGAAGGAGAGCAAGAUCUUCGACUUCGACGACCCCACGCUUAACGACAGGGAGAGGAAGGAACUCAGCAAGCUGUUCGAGACCAUCGAAAUCAUGAUCGCGGCUAGGGCCCGUCAGCCUUUCAGUGUCCAGAAUAUGUUCGCCACGCUACGCCUGGUCGAGCGAGUAGUUAAGAACCAGCUGAAGGAUGGCCAGAUAUCCGAGUCACUGGCUUCCAAAUUCAAAUGGGAAAAACUUUCCAACCGGAAAAAAAGAGAGAAGCCAAUGUACUACAUUGACAAGCGUACCAACAUGAGAGUGUUCAACAUGAUACCG